AUGUUGACAACAAGAGCAGCGGCAAAGCAGACAGUAUCGAAAAGCACUCUUGCCUUUGUUCGAAAAUUCAUAGGGAAAGGUUUAAGUCGAGAUGGCUCACAAGAGCCUCAACAAGAAACGGAUGCGUUGGCAGAGGCGUUGAAUCUCUUUACCAGAAAGCCAGCUAAACUGGGUAAAAGCUCCGAGGUGGGCACGGAGUAUAAACCAUCGCUUUUCAAGGCGUUCGCCAAAGGGUCAGUGGACGAGCAAAUGCGGAGCAGACCCCGUACCGAUGCACUGAAUGCACACCAGGAUAAAAACGAUGCUUUUGUUCAGAACAUGCUACGGAGUAUUAAUAUGACGUUGAAUACAAUGUCCAGCUUGGAUGCUUCAGAGUUGUUGAGUUUGGAUGCUAAGCAGUUGCAGGCACACAUCAAGUCAAUCACAGACGAAAAAUUGUUGGUUGAUACUCUUGACUUGUUUAUUGAACACGAGCGUCUCAAUUUCCAGAUAUUGGGGGACGUGCUCAUGAACCCGUGCUUGAGAAACCUUUCAAGAUUACCUGUUGAUGCGAAAAACUUUAGCAACAUUCGCGGAAUCGACGAGGUGCAAGCUGUAAAGCUCAAGAUACUCAUGCUCAAAAAGCAUCAUAGUUUAAAACAUCCGAUUCAAAUAAUCAGCAAUUUGAAGCAGAAUAUUGAAGUUUACUUUUCCGCCAUCAAGAAUGACCAAUUACCGAGAAACUACGAGCGGCUAGUGUGGAAGUUUACAUUCCAGUACCUCAAGCAAUACAACGAAUCUUACUACGUUGAACAGUUUAAGAAUCUACGCACAAGCUUCAUCAUCUGGGAAUCGACAAAGAUGUCGCAUAGUAGGCAAGUUGCACAGAAGAUUUUAUCGCAUCAUAGUCAAGAGCUUAACUCAGUGCAGAUUUUGUUCUUGAAAGUUGCAGCGGCAUUGGAGGAUAAGCAGUUGCGAUACUUUUCCGUUAAGACCCCGUUGGACCGCGUGAGCAUCAACUCUAGAUGGAAAUGCUAUUUGAUCUUCAACUCGUUGGAAAAGAUUUUGCUUCAUUCGCAGCAACCAACGGCGACACUGUUGCUUGACGAGUUGAAUACGUGCCGCGCCAACUAUAUUAAGUACGCAUCAGAAAAGGGACUCGAGGAGCUCACUCCCGCUUCUGAAGAAAUCAUCUUACAACAAUGGUGA